UUUACUAGAAAAUAACAAGUGUCAUUUCUGAUUUCGCCUUUACUAUAAAGUUAUGAUUGAGAAUCAUGGACAACAUUCGUGUAAAAAAAAAAAAAAAAAAAAAUAUCAUGGACAGCAUACCCACAAAUGUCGCAGUUUUCACUUAUGCCCCUAAUAAGUUAACAAAAUAUCGAAACUAACAAUCAACUACGACUCUACGAGCAUAGCAUUUCUCCACCUUAUUCGAACUCACAUACUCAUUUCGCGCAUCCAAAUCCUUCCCCGGUCUCCGCAUCCCCCCGCCACCAACGGCGGCGCCGACUUCAUUCCAUCGAUUUCUCCACCGCUCCCGAUCAAUCCGAAACCCUAAUUAGAAUUACCAAAUACUAAAAUAGAUCAAAUUAAGCUUUGUAAGAAGUGAAAGAGUGUGAUGAAGAGGCUAUUGGAAUUUGGGAAGAAAGCAAUGUUCUAUGUUAGGGUUCUUUCUGGUUACGAAGAGCGUCGCAUUCGAUCUUACAGAUUGCAGCUUGAGCAGCGUCUUCGAUCUGCACAAGAAAAAAAAGAGGCCACAAGAAAGAUCCCUGAACAAAUUAUGCUGUCUGAAAUUCGAAAAAUGGUGGAAGAAAUGCAAAAUGUAAAUAAGAGGUUGGAAGAGAUGGAAGGUGAUAUUAAUGAGUAUUUCAAGCCAAUUGACAAGGAAGUGGGAGUUCUUAUGGAUAUGCAGAUGGAGAAAGAGAAAGCAAAGAUGGAAAUGAUGGGUUCCAUGUAUAAACAAGCUCUGAUUGAGAAAGCUGAAACACAGGCAGCUGGAGAUGUAAACGGUGCUAACCAAGCGAAUAUGGAAACAAUGAGUGCCAUGUUCAAACAGGCUCUGCUUGAGAAAGCUGAAGCAGAGGUGGCCGCUGAAAUGAAGAACUCACUAAAAGAACAAAAUCUUCCUCUCUCUAAACAAGGUUAGAUUAGAUAAUUAUAAGUAUUUUAGACAAAACAUGCUAUGUGAUGAAUAAUUAUGAAAUGCUAUGCCUGUUAUCUCUAUUUUUAGGGACAGGAAGACAGUUCCAAGAUAAAUAUUGAAAUACUGAAAUUCAGUUUUUUGUUGAAUGCUAAUUAGAAUCUGAAAUUUUGAUUUAUUCCUGAAUUGAGAGCCUACUUUCGUCGUUUUUUUUUAACAUAUGCUGAUGAGUAGCAGAUUUAUGCUUCAAUGACUUCAGUUACUGAAGCUCAAGCUAUUGUAAAUUUGUAACAAUCGUGUAAUACACAACUUUUAAUUGAAGCAA